GGCUUCCAUUUCUGAACUGAUGGACGCUGCCGCUCUCGCGUAGUCCUCGCCUAUUUUAUAUACACAUUUAAGUAAGUAAACUAGGUUGUCCGUCGUAAAUUAGGACUUUUUUUGUAAAAGAAGAGACAGAAUAGAAGUACUCGACAGUCGUGGAAUGCUGUUUGACAAGUGGCUGUUACUGUAGGUAGCAUUUAAUCUACAUUUUAACUUUACUAAGCGGCGUUUUUUCUUUCCGCCGCCCCGCUCACGCUGCCCCCCUUGUGUGUGAGUACGGGCCUGAGCCACGAGGUGAGUCGGUACAGUAGGAUCAGGGCGAUGGCGGAGUUCGGUAACGGACUGGCGGAGGAAUCCCUACUAGAUUCUGACCCCGGACAUCCUGAGCUGGAAGACCCGGGUGUCGGUGACGAAGAACCGGGAUUAGAAGAGGGAGAGGCCGCAAUUGAAGACCCGGAACUGGAGGCGAUAAAAGCUCGGGUGAGAGAGAUGGAGGAAGAGGCAGAGAAGCUGAAGGAGCUACAGAACGAGGUGGAGAAACAGAUGAAUCUCAGCCCCCCACCAGUCGGCCCCGUCAUCAUGUCCAUCGAGGAAAAGAUGGAGGCAGAUGGCCGGUCGAUUUACGUUGGAAAUGUGGACUACGGUGCAACGGCAGAAGAGCUAGAGGCUCAUUUUCAUGGCUGCGGCUCAGUAAAUAGAGUUACCAUCCUAUGUGACAAAUACACAGGGCAUCCCAAAGGGUUUGCCUACAUAGAGUUUGCAGACAAAGAGUCUGUAAGGACAGCCAUGGCUUUGGACGAGUCCCUUUUUAGAGGAAGGCAGAUAAAGGUGGGCGCUAAGAGAACAAACCGACCAGGCAUUAGCACCACAGACCGCGGCUUCCCACGGGCUCGGUUCCGGUCACGGGGAGGAAGCUUUUCAUCACGCGCACGCUACUACAGUGGCUACACACCACCCAGAGGCAGAGGACGGGCCUUCAGGUUUCAGGACCAGUGGAGGCUGACGACCCCUCCCCAGGUGGCGCAGGCCCCCCCCACUGUCUCCGCAGCGUCUCUCUCUCUCUCUGCUCCCGCUAUGCACACUCACCCCAUCCUGUCCGUGUGGGGGGGCGGGGGAGGGGGGCAGGGCGACCACAGGCCUGCCGCGGGGGGCAUUUACUACAACAGCAAACGCUGAUGAUGCUUUUAGUUCCCUUCACACUUCAACUCACUCACACAUGGUCGAGACACACACACACACACACACACACACACACACACACACACACACACACACACACACACACAGCACAUGACACUGCAGUACAGGCAGCACUAAACAGGCAGCCAAAUUCAACACGUUUUCUAUACAGAGAGCUGAAGGCAGCAUUGCUGAGUGGGAGGCAAGUUUGUGCAAGAGUGAGGAAGGCAGGACCAGAGACCAGUGUUUUGGGGGGGGGGGUGUACAGUGCGGACUUAAAGGCGCCCCCUUUCUCUGACUAUGCGCAGUGCAGUCACGGCUUGUCUGAGGAAGGCUGAUGAGCUUACAGCAUUGAUUAAUUUAAUAAACAGGAGUGUGCAGGAGCUGUUAUUUUAGGGCUGGGGAAGUCAGUUGUGGGGUUUGUGUGGAGCCUUUUUCUUUUCUUUUCUUUUUUUUGAAAAGGGGGAGUGGGUUUGAAAAAAAAAAAAGUGUUUUCUUUUUUAAUUUUUAUUUUUAACCCAUGAGUCUGUAAUUAGGGAAAAAAAAAUAAAGACAUUGUGUAAAAAUGAA